CCUCCUCCUCGCGCUGCCGCAGAGGCUGACGGGAACUCCUCCAACGUCCUUGUCCGACCACACUGACUGACUGCCUGCACGCCAGGGCUCCGGGAUUUCUGUCAUUCCCUUCUGCGCGAAUUAAGUCUACUUUUUGGACAUGAUGGCAGCGAGGUUUCUCCGUCGUGCUCUCCCCGUGGUGAGGCAGGCUCGCGCCUACGCCGAGGCCGCCUCCGGAGCUCCGCAGAUGUCCUUCACUUUCGCCUCCCCGACACAGGUCUUUUUCAAGGAGGCCAGUGUGAAGCAGGUCGACGUGCCCACACUCACUGGAGCAUUCGGUAUUCUUCCUGCCCAUGUACCGACCCUGCAGGUGCUCCGACCUGGUGUUGUCACAGUCUUCAGUGAUGAUGGGUCCGCUGCAAAGUACUUUGUGAGCAGUGGGUCGGUCACAGUCAACGCCGAUUCUUCAGUGCAGCUGCUGGCUGAGGAGGCUGUCCCCCUGGACCAGCUGGACGUUGCAGCAGCUAAAGCUAACCUGGAGAAGGCCCAGUCUGAAUUGGCUGGGACAUCUGACGAGGCUCUGAGGGCAGAAGUUCAGAUCAGCAUAGAGGCGAACGAGGCCAUCGUGAAAGCCCUGGAGUAAAUCUGUGGUAAUUGUUUCUGUCUCUUUGAUGGAAAUCACUGCUCCACCUGUGUUUCCAGCUCAGUCACGUCAGUGUCCAGAAGAUUCCAUGCUUUCUUUGUACAGUGGAUGAACUAAAAAAAUAAAUUUAUUUGGAAUUACAA